UUUAUGAAACUUUCCAUUACACAAAUCCCUAAUCCCUAAUUCUCUUAUAUAAACAUAAUCUCCAACUUCUCAUUGAUCAUACAACAUCACAAUUCUCACGGGAACAAUGGGUUUGGCUAAAGUCUCUUGCUUUCUCUUUGCGAUUCUGUUUUUCAUCAAUGGUGGUUCCUCCACCACUUUCACCAUCGUUAACCAGUGUAACUACACCGUCUGGCCUGGACUUCUCUCCGGCGCCGGCACCACUCCAUUACCAACCACCGGUUUCUCCCUCAGCUCGUCCGAGUCACGACUCAUCUCCAUACCCACCGCUUGGUCCGGCCGCAUAUGGGGACGCACGCUCUGCAACCAAAACGAGAACACCGGAAAAUUCACUUGCGUCACCGGCGACUGUGGCUCAUCCCAAAUCGAAUGCUCCGGAGCAGGAGCAAUCCCUCCAGCUACAUUAGCCGAGUUCACACUCAACGGCGACGGAAACCUCGAUUUCUUCGACGUCAGCCUCGUCGAUGGCUACAACGUCCCAAUGACGAUCGUCCCUCACGGCGGAGCUAUUGGAGUCGGUAAGUGUAACGCAACGGGUUGCGCGGUGGAUCUUAACGGCGUAUGUCCGGAACAGCUGAAAGUAACAGUUGAAGCGGGAACGGCUGCUGUAGCGUGCAAGAGCGCUUGCGAGGCGUUUGGAACGCCGGAGUUUUGUUGUAGUGGCGCGUUUGGAACGCCGGACACGUGUAAGCCGAGUGAGUACUCUGGUUUCUUCAAGAAAGCUUGUCCGACGGCUUAUAGUUACGCUUACGACGACGGUACAAGCACUUUUACUUGCUCCGGUGCUGAUUACGUCAUCACUUUCUGUCCUUCUCCUUCCUCAAGUGAAGACUUGAAGAGUGCAUCUCCUCCGCGUCUGCAACCGGAUGCGCUUAGCGUUUCCGACGCGUCGCGAAGAAUCUCAGUUGCGUUAUCAUUGGGCGUUUUGGCUGUUGCGGUUUCUUGGGUGGGUAGUGGACUUUAGUGAUAAAAUACGGCACCGACUAUUUCUUUUUUUUUGUUCAUUCUAGUUUUUUCAUUUUUUGAUUAGGAAAAUUUUAUUUUAUUUAUGUGAUUGAUUUUGUUGCGAAUCGAAACGUGAAAGAGUUUUCACUAAAUUACAGAAU